AUGCGGGAUAUUUCGAGCGAGGAGAUGAAAAACUUCCUCCAUAGCACCUUGGGAAUUACUAACUUGCAUUCGUUGGAUGGUAUAUGCAGAGCAUCAGCAAAAAUGAACAUUGACUCAACACCGACGUGCAAGCGAUAUAUUUCCCCUUCCGCUUUUGUCCGUACACUUUCAAUCAUGCUGAGAGGAACGGUAGACGACAGAGCCGAAAUGGCUUUCUAUGCUAUAGACUUUGAUUCGGACGGCCUGUUAAGAAAGGCAGUCGAGAUAAGACGAUUAUUGCAGGAUUCCUUUGAUGCGUCAAUCGCUGCCCAGAAUGCCGAAAUUGAUCCUGAGGAACCGAUCAGAGAUGUGGCAAACUUUUUAUGUGACAAACUAAACUGUACAAUCACCUCACAUGUAUCAUUGCAGAACUUUCGCGAGAAGUGUCAACAGCAACCCUGGAUUGUGGAAUGCCUCCUUCCGUGCAUACCUGAGGAGAAAAUAAACUACAUUUUCCAAAGUAUCUUCACAACUAGUGUCAACAUUCCGUCCCUAGAAGCCGCGGCUCAACCUACAGGACCUACGAUAAAGUGUGCAUCCAUGAGGAGAAGCGCAUUCUCAGUAGUAAAAUGA